AUGGAGCAGAAAACGAGCUUUGUUACUAACAUAAUAGGAAGAACUGACGCUCCCUUCAACAAGGUGAUUCUCAGAGCUUUGUUCUUGUCGAAGAUCAACAGACCCCCCGUGUCGCUCUCGAGAAUUGACACCGUUCUCAAGCAAAAGGGUGCUUCGCAAAAGACCAUCGUUGUUGUUGGUACCGUUACCGACGACAACAGAUUGUUGGAAGCCCCCAAGGCCACCGUUGCCGCCCUUAGAUUCACCGCCGGUGCCAAGGCUAGAAUCGUCAAGGCUGGUGGUGAAGCCAUCACUUUGGACCAAUUGGCCCUCAGAGCCCCCAAGGGUCAAAACACCGUGAUUGUCAGAGGCCCCAGAUCGCACAGAGAAGCCGUCAGACACUUCGGUUUCGGUCCCCACAAGAACAAGGCUCCCAGAAUCAUGUCCAAGGGCAGAAAGUUCGAAAGAGCCAGAGGUAGACGGAGAUCGAGAGGUUUCAAGGUUUAA